CAGCAGAAAAUAAAGAGUCUUGAGAGCUGAAGCACAUUUAAAAUAAAUCACCUAAUUUCAGUGGCCAACUUCCUAAAUGAUGGAGAAAGACAGGCCUCCCCUGCUCCAGGCUCAAGAUGUAGAAGACAAAGUAGAAACAUUAAUGAUGCAUCCAGUCCUGAAGGCCUUUGUGUGUGGUUCCAUCAGUGGCACUUGCUCCACUCUCCUGUUCCAGCCCCUGGACCUGCUGAAAACCCGCCUGCAGACAGCGCAGCCUGCCGGGCAUGGGUCCAGUCGUGUGGGGAUGGUAACGCUGCUCUUAAGGGUGGUUCGUACGGAGAGUCUCCUGGGACUCUGGAAAGGUGUCUCUCCGUCUUUCGCAAGAUGCAUUCCUGGAGUGGGGAUCUACUUCAGUACUUUGUACACCAUGAAGCAGAAGCUUCUCGUGGACCGUUCGCCCACAGCCCUGGAGUCUGUUUUUCUGGGGGCCACUUCCCGCGCGGUGUCUGGGAUCUGCAUGCUGCCAGUGACCGUGGUGAAGACCCGGUAUGAGAGUGGGAGAUUUGGCUAUGAGAGUGUAUAUGGAGCUCUGAAGAAUAUCUACCAAACGGAGGGGGCUCGUGGUAUGUUCAGUGGGCUCACAGCCACCCUGCUGCGGGAUGCUCCUUUCUCUGGCAUCUACCUGAUGUUCUACACRCAGACCAAAAAGCUCACCUCUCAGGAUCAGCUGGAUCCAGCACUGAUGCCCCUGCUGAAUUUUGGCUGUGGGAUCUUUGCGGGAAUCUUGGCCUCGCUCUCAACGCAGCCCGCUGAUGUCAUCAAAACACACAUGCAAUUGUACCCACAAAAGUACCACAGAACGGUGCACGCCAUCGCCUUCAUCUACAAGGACUUUGGGUUGGUCGGCUUCUUCCGAGGCGGCGUGCCCCGGGCCUUACGGCGCACGCUGAUGGCAGCCAUGGCAUGGACCGUGUAUGAGCAGAUGAUGGAAAAGAUGGGCUUGAAAUCUUGAUUGAGUUGCAGUAGAAAUGACCAGCCUCACUCCUUUUCCUGCUUGCUGUGAUCAACUGGCACUGCGAAGUUCCCAGUUCCACGGAUGAAUGGUGUUUCUUCCAGACAGGAAGAAUAAAUCCCUUUUGAGAUGGGGAUUGGGCCUUUUGGCAAGUAGAGGAAAGACGGACUGGAUUGCCACAUCAUUUGAGUAAUGCAUUCCAGAAGGACUGCACUUGCCGAGGCUACCAUGGGAAAGGGCAGGAUUUCCUCAGCCUGGGAACUAGAUGAGCUCCCUGUUCAAAUAGCUUGUGCUCACUACCUUUAUGCAACGACAAAUUUCUCAGCAGAAGUGUUAGAGGAGAAAACAGCGAAAACUGACUGCAGAACUGCCAGUCUGUUCCUUACUGCUAUGGCCRUUAAGGCCAUGUUGAUUCACCAUCUGAUGUAGAUCCUCCUUCCUCAUAGAAUUUGUUCUCACGGGGAAAUGUUGCAGAGGAUGUUAGGAGACUGGCCUGAUCUCUUAAUGCCUGCAUUACAGGGGUAAGUGGAAAAGAAACAAAACGCUAAAAGCAAGCUGGGAAUACGGUCUGUGUAGUCGCUUGCUAUGCUUGAGCAGAGAAGGAAACUGCAAUCUCCUUGUUAUACUUGUUUUUACCUAAAUGAGCAUCUUAACACUCUUCAGGASUGCUUCUGCCUCUACAGCAGUGCUUGCACAUGAGUUAAGAAACAUGAGGGACUUUAAAGUUGAAGGAGAGAGAGUUAAUUGCUACCAAAGUUGUAUUAAUUUCCUGCAAAACAUUCUUCCUGAUGGCCUGUUUCAGGAAUAUUCCAGAUUAUAUUUUAUUUAUUCAGUUCUACUGCAUUCUUACCUACUUCGUAUCUUCCAUUUGCUGAUCCCCAGUCUCCACUGUCAGUGGAAGCUGCUCCUUACAUGUUGUUUUUAGGAUCAUAAUGUGUAAAUGUAUAACGGAACCAGAUAUUGGCACUUCAGAUUCCACUGAGAAGCUGUUGUUCACUGCAUGAGGAAUAUCCUUGGUUUUGGCAAGAGAAGGCUCUCCUUUUCUGUAAACUUUCUCCAAAGUUUUAAGGUCUCUGAGGGUUCAGUAGGGAAUUUCAGCUCUGGGCACCACACAAACCCUGGCCAGUUUCCUAGAUGACCCUUCUCUCUUUGAAGGUAGUCUGUUCAGAUUUCAGGGUUCCUGCUGCUACACUGGGAGUCAAACCUACUCUUUGCCUCAGCUGUGCCUUUUCCUCAUUGCUGCGUUGCUGCACAGACCUGAGAGUGUGGGCUUUCCAAGGUCAGGGGCAGCGUGUUCCCUUCUUCACUUGUGCCUCCGUGCUGCCUGGCUGAGUUGGGGCUCUUGCAGCUGCAAAGGUGGAUGUGGAAGUCUGCAACCUAUUCCAUCAUGUGCCUUGCAGACAACGUAUCACCAGUUCUCACUUUCUCAAGUAUCUAUGGGUAUGAAAAUUUACUUGAGAACAAGAGCAGAAAUCUCUAAAUACGAAGACGUGACAUACUCUAGCUAUACAGGCAACUAGUAUUACCUACUGGUUUUUAAGUUUUAAGUGUAAUGUGCAUAAUCACUGCUUGCCCUGACAGCCUCUUGAACAUGAGAUUUAGGGAGGGCACAGGUUGAACCAGAGUUCAGUCCCAAGAAGGCAUCAGGACUGUCAGAAAGCUAAAUGGAGGGAAGAGUCCAAGGGGCCGGCCAGAAGCUUGGAAGGUGCUGCCUCUUGUCAGCCUUCUCCCACCCGUGGUGGAGGACGGGCACUACACAGCACGGGAAUCUCUCAGAGGGGCAGGAGGCUCCUGUGUGCAUUUGUAUUAAGAACAGAGCACUACAUCAGAUCAUUUCAGUCAGAAUCAGGCUGUGGCUAACAAGUCACCAGGUUCCCUGUGCUGCUUCUGACCAUCAGACAUGGGGACAGAUCAUUUGCUGUAGCCUAGAUAUGAAGAACUUUUCCUUUUUUUUUUUUUUCUUUUGCUGUCCCUCCAGCUCCUGGUAACCUGAAGGGUGAUCAGCAGUGGAAACUGCUGUUUAUUGCCCCAAACACUACAAGCUCAGAGUGGGAGAAUAAAGUUUAGCAGCCCUGGCAGAGUAAGGUGUCAACGGCAUGGGAUCAAACCAAAGUAUUAUCCUCGAAGGCUGAAUUCAUUUGGGGCUUUUUGAAUCUGUUGUGCGAAGCUGAUCUGUUUCUCAUCGUGGGCUAUGGACGUGUCCAGGGAUGUGGAAGGUGUCCUGCAAGAGGCUUCAUCAAUGUUGUAGUUCCUCAUUUARCAAUGCAUCAGAAGCCUGAAAUGCAGUAAUGCCUCAGGAGCUUUUAGGCCCUAUACGCUUACCAGGUCAAGUAACAAAGAAUUAGAGGAUAUAUACAGACAUGCCAAAAGGUCUUAAAUUGUACUGGGUUUUGUUAGAUUUCUUCUUGAGAAAAACUUUUCCUUCUCUCUCUGCAUCCCCAGYUUCCCCUGCCAUCCUCCCUUGCUUUUUGGAAGAUGAAAGCUCUUCCUUGUUGCAGCAGUGUGAAAAAGUAAUGCCUUUGACUUGCGACUUAGUCUGRGCUUCUUGGAGUUUAAGAAAUAGAGAGUCUGAGCUGCUCUGUUUCACGGAAACCUUAGUACUGCAAAUCCAAAAUCCUUCCCAUGUUUGUGUUGGGAGAAUGAGUUCUGCAGUGCAAGUUUGUUUUUUCUUCAGUAUUUCUUUUGUCAGGUCUCCUAUAUGUUGGAGAAAAGCCUGACGUUCUGCUUGGAGGUAUUCUGAAAGUUGUAUGAACAUACACAGGCACAAGACUAUUUUUAAGCUCUACUSCUUACCCUUCUUCCUCUUUGCUCUCCACGAAAACACUGUCUCUAAAGUGAUCCGUUGGCUUUACUUCUCAAAAGCUAUAGCAAGUUAAGAAAGGUAAAUGUGUGAACUUGAAGAUUAGUCACAUUGUUCUUGAGAUCACAUGCUUCUCAUUAACCACAAAUAGCCUUCGUACAAYUGGAAUCAACAUAAAACCAGUAAAGUUUCAGAGACUGGUGCUGGAUCACUCACCUACAUUUUCCCA